AGGAGAAGUGCUUGUGGCACUCUGCGUUCUCUUUUCAGAUAUUUGGAGUCUCUAGAGUAGUACUCGUCCAUAUUUUUCGUUUUUCUUCCUAUCGUCUGAAAAUGUCCGACGACAUCCGAUUCUUUGAACUCAACACUGGAGCUAAGAUGCCUUCCGUCGGUUUGGGCACGUGGCAGUCCGAUCCGGGUCUCGUGGGCGAGGCUGUGGCCAUCGCUAUCAAGGUUGGAUACCGCCAUAUCGAUUGUGCUCAAGUUUACGGCAACGAGAAGGAGAUUGGUAUUGUUUUAAAGAAGAUGUUUGAAGAUGGCAUAGUGAAGCGUGAGGAUUUGUGGAUUACCUCCAAGCUCUGGUGUACUGAUCAUGGACCAGAAGAUGUACCAGAGGCACUAAACAGAACAUUGCGAGACUUGCAGCUCGACUACAUUGAUUUAUAUCUUAUCCAUUGGCCGGUUCGUAUGAAAAAGGGUUCUGUUGGCUUCAAACCUGAAAACCUCACCCAACCAGAUAUACCAAGCACAUGGAGAGCAAUGGAAGCACUCUGUGAUUCUGGCAAGGCUCGAGCUAUUGGUGUAAGCAAUUUCUCCACAAAGAAACUGGGGGACCUGUUGGAGAUUGCACGUGUUCCUCCAGCUGUCGACCAAGUGGAGUGUCAUCCUUCAUGGGACCAGAGAAAACUGCGUGCCUUUUGUAAAUCCAGGGGGGUUCACCUAAGUGGGUAUUCACCAUUGGGUUCUCCAGGUACAACAUGGCUCAAAAGUGACGUCCUUAAGCAUCCAGUUCUGAAAAUGGUUGCAGAGAAAUUGGGCAAAUCUCCUGCACAGGUUGCUCUUCGCUGGGGCCUGCAAAUGGGUCAUAGCGUGCUUCCCAAGAGUACACAUGAAUCAAGGAUCAAGGAGAAUUUUGAUGUGUUUGGGUGGUCUAUACCUGAAGACCUGUUUGCUAAGUUUUCUGACAUUGAGCAGGCAAGACUUCUCAGAGGAAGCUCAUUUGCCCAUGAGACCUUGGGCCACUACAAGACUGUUGAGGAACUUUGGGAUGGUGAGCUCUGAUCAGACAAUUUAGUGAAUAUUUGCAGUGACGGGUUGGGCUUUUUGAUAGGGAGAGGUGUGUGGGUUAGUGUCCCUCUCAUAUCAGCAACGUUUACUUGAUUGGUACUCUGGACUGUUUAGUUUCAGUGAGACGUGAUAAUAAAACAAUGCUUUUGAUUUCCAUAGAAAGUUGGAAGUAUAGAAAGC